CUUUUCCAUGAGCGUCCUCCGCUUUUGCUUGUUGUCCAGAAAAGCUGAAAAGACUCGCGCAGCCGAUCCAGGAGACGCCAAAUUGUCGUAGAAAUUAGACAACACUUGCAGACUAGUCCCCUGAAGGGGUCUUAGAAGAUGUGCAGACGAACCUUAAACGGAAGAACAUGUUUGUGUCUCUUACCAUUCCAGCUCUGCAGAUUUCCCAACAGAAGCAGAGGCAAUACUAUACAAGCAUGCACACACAAAAACACACAAAAGCGCUUAUACGAAACACAUCUCUGUUCUUCUUCUUCUUCUUCUUCUUCUUCUUCUCUGUCUGGACGGAUCUGGACUGUAAAUCCACACACACUGUCUCUGGCACACACACGCAGUAUUUUCUUCAACAUUCUUCCUCUUUGCUGCCACCACCUGUGAUUGAUUUGGCACCAUGAUGCACUCACAGUUGAUUAGAUUUGGGAAGAUGCUGGUGCGUAGACGUGUGCUGGACACCACUAAUAUGGAUACUCGCUUUGCUCGCUGUCUGUCUACUCUGGACCUCAUUGCUCUGGGUGUUGGAGCCACAUUAGGGGCUGGAGUGUAUAUUCUAGCUGGAGAAGUGGCUCGGGAGAAAGCUGGCCCAGCCAUCGUGAUUUGCUUCCUGAUUGCAGCUCUGUCCUCUGUGCUUGCUGGUCUAUGUUACGCUGAAUUCGGUGCACGCGUCCCAAAAACAGGCUCCGCCUACCUCUACAGCUAUGUGACAGUGGGUGAAGUCUGGGCGUUCAUCACUGGAUGGAACCUCAUUCUAUCCUAUGUAAUAGGCACAGCCAGUGUGGCCCGAGCCUGGAGCUCCACUUUCGACACCCUGGUGUAUAAUAAGAUCUCAAGCUUUUUCAGUGAAUACAUGUCUCUUCCGGACACUGGGAACGUGCUGGCGAGAUAUCCGGAUGUGUUUGCCCUUUGUCUUGUCGUUCUGCUUUCUUGCCUCUUGGCAUUUGGCGUGAGUGAGUCAGCCCUGGUGAACAAGAUCUUCACAGGCAUCAACCUGUUGGUGUUGGGUUUUGUCAUCAUUGCUGGCUUUGUGAAGGGUGACAUUGCCAACUGGAACAUCACAGAGGACGACAUCAAAAGCAACAAAAGUCCUGCAGUACCCAAUGGAACGGACUUUGGCACAGGGGGUUUUGCACCAUUUGGCAUUUCUGGGAUUUUGUCAGGUGCAGCCACUUGCUUCUAUGCAUUUGUGGGUUUUGACUGCAUUGCCACCACAAGUGAAGAAGCCAAAAACCCCCAGCGUUCGAUUCCAAUAAGCAUAGUUGCUGCACUGCUCAUCUGCUUCGUUGCUUACUUUGGAGUGUCUGCAGCUCUCACUCUGAUGAUGCCUUACUACCUUCUAAACGUUAAGAGCCCAUUGCCUGAAGCCUUUACCUAUGUGAGCUGGAUGCCUGCCCGCUACAUAGUGGCUGUAGGCUCCCUCUGCGCCCUUUCCACCAGCUUGUUGGGCUCUAUGUUCCCCAUGCCCCGUGUAAUCUUUGCCAUGGCUGAAGACGGACUGCUGUUCCGUUUCCUGUCCCGUAUGCACAAGAAAACGAAGACCCCCAUGCUUGCCACCAUUGUGUCUGGCAUCAUAGCAGCUCUGAUGGCCUUCUUGUUUGAUCUGGCUGCCUUGGUGGAUCUGAUGUCCAUUGGGACCUUGCUGGCUUACACACUAGUGGCAGUGUGUGUGCUCAUCCUCCGGUACCAGCCAGGCAGCCUGAAUUCCAGCGCUGAAAAAAAGAAAGUGGAGCUGCACACACUCACAGAAAGAGAGAAUAUGAAGAAUCUGGAGAAAAAGCUGCUUGAUGAGACGUUUUCUCCCAGACAUCUGCUGCUGCCCAGCUCUGAGUCACCCACCAAGAUCUCAGGCCUCAUCGUCUAUGUCACCACAGCUGUUGUCUGUGUGCUUUUCACUAUACUGUGUUUAGUGUUGGCAGUAUGGUUUGAGAACAUCAUAGAGGGGCAGGCUGUAUGGGUCACUGUAGUAUCUCUGCUUAGCAUAAUCUCCGCCAUCUGCAUUGUCAUCAUCUGGAGACAGCCCCAGAGCAACGAGGCCAUCAGCUUCAAGGUGCCUAUGCUUCCCAUCUUGCCUUUAGUCAGUGUUUUUGUUAACAUUUACCUCAUGAUGCAGAUGGAUGGACCAACAUGGAUCCGUUUCGCAUUAUGGAUGGUUAUUGGUUUUUUAAUUUACUUUGGGUAUGGACUCAGGAACAGUUCAGAAGCCCAACAGAAUUCGGAGGCUGUUCUGGAUGAAACUGUCGAUGUAUUCUUGUAAAAACAACAGUAAAAUUGAAGGACGUGCAGCCUAAGGAGGACGAGUCAAACCUAGUGUACCGUUUACAGUGGAGUUUAUGAAACCUUUCAUACACGCACAAUCAUUUGCUUUUUUUUUGUAUAUUUAUUGUAUAAACCAGGGGAGGAAUUUACUGUAUAAAUCAGGGGAGGAAACCAGAGUACCCGGAGGAAACCCCACAGCACGGGGAGAAUAUGCAAACUCCGCACACACAGGGCCACGGUGGGAAUCGAACCCCCAACCCUGGAGGUGUGAGGCGAACGUGGGGGGGUGGGCACAGUGAAUUAGUGGUUAUCAUGUUUGCAAUGUAUCUCUGGGGUUGGGGGUUCGAGUCCCAUCCCUGCACUGUGUGUGUAGAGCUUGCAUGUUCUCCCUGUGCUUCUUGGGCUUCCUCUGGGUACUCUGGUUUUUCCUCCCCCAGUCCAAAGACAUGCGUCAUAGGCUGAUUGGCAUUUCCAAAUUGUCCGUAGUGUGUGAAUGGGUUGGUACCCAAUCCACAUUAUAAAAAUGAAGUCUUUGUAGUGUAUUUGUAGUAUUGAUAUUUUAUUGCCUUUAGUCUCUGAAAUGUUUUUAAUGGUUUGUUGUUGUCUUGUUGUUUUUACUUUUUAUGUUUAUUUGUUUGGCUUGUUUUAUUGUAAGUGACCAUGUUGUGAUUUGUAAUUAAGAAAUUUUGUAAAUAAAUUUUGUUCUGAAA